GAGAGGGGUGGAAAGGAUCGGUUCCAAAUGUCCAAGGGCCAAAUGCUCCACAAAACAUGGAGUAGGCAGGUGGAUAUGGGGGAGGAGGAAGUGGAGACAAAGGGAGAUACAGUGGGCUCAGAACUCGCCAGCAGCUCGUCUCGCACCAGUACCCAGGGCUCAGCUUCCGCCUACAUUUAUUUCCCCUUCUCUCUCACCCUAAUCAAACACAAAUCAGCUGAGGAAGGAGACCAACUUGUGCAAGUCUAAGAUCCUCCUAAGGCCACAAUGUCACUUCUGCUGUUUCUGCUGUCCUUGCUGUUGGAUGGUUCUCAAAGUCAGAUGGAGAGAUACUUCCUACAGGUGCAGACGAUUGUGAAGGCACAGGCGGGUCUGUGUAUCUUUGUGCCCUGCUCCUUCUCCUCCCCUGACGAAAGAUGGACUAACCGUGCCCCAGCUUAUGGCUACUGGUUCAAAGACAUCAGAAGACCAUCACUUACGUUUCCAGUGGCCACAAAUAAGAAAGAUAAAAUGUUAGAUUGGAAAGCCCAAGGGCGAUUCCAGCUCUUGGGGGAUAUCCCCAAAAAGGACUGUUCCUUGCUAAUCAAAGACGUUCAGUGGGAAGACUCAACAAGCUAUUUCUUCCGGAUAGAGAAAGGAUAUGAGAAAUUCAGUUUCAAGGAGGAGUUCACGCUGCAAGUAGAAGCCCUGACUCAGAAGCCAGAUAUCUUCAUUCCUGAGAUCCUGGAGCCUGGGCAGCCAGUGACCAUUGUCUGCUUGUUUUCCCGGACCUUCAGUCAAUGCCCAGCUCCUUCUUUCUCCUGGAUGGGGGCUGCUGUCUCCUUCCAAGAAACCAGACCACACACAUCCAAUUACUCAGUGCUGAGCUUUACCCCAGGAUUUCAAUACCAUGAUACUGAGCUCACAUGUCAGGUGGACUUCUCUAAAAGGACCACACAAAGGACUGUCCGACUAAGAGUGGCCUAUGCCCCCAGAUCUCUUGCUAUCAGCAUUUUCCGUGACAAUGUAUCAGUCCCAGAAUUGCAUGAAAAUCCUUCACACCUGGAAGUUCAGCAAGGCCAGUCUCUACGCCUCCUCUGUACUGCUGACAGCCAGCCCCCUGCCACACUGAGCUGGGUCCUGGAGGACAGAGUCCUCUCUUGGUCCAGCCCUGUGGGGUCUAGAACCCUGGCACUGGAGCUUCCCUGGGUGAAAGCUGGGGACUCUGGACACUACACCUGCCGAGCAGAGAACAGGCUGAGUUCCCAGCAACACACCCUGGACCUUUCUGUGCUGCAUCCCCCAGAGGGCCUGAGAGUGACUGUUUCCCAAGCAAACAGGACAGUGUUGGAAAUCCUCAGGAAUGGCCUCUCUCUUCCAGUCCUGGAGGGCCAAAGCCUGUGCCUAGUCUGUGUCGCCUACAGCAAUCCCCCAGCCAAUAGUCUCCUUGAGGAGCUGGGGCCCAGCCUCUGGCUCAGCUGUGAGUCCUGGAACACCCAUGGGGCUCAGACCACCUCUGUCCUGCUGCUACCUGAUAAAGACAGUUCCACAGCAUUCUCCAAGGGAGCAGUUUUGGGCUUUGGCAUCACAGCCCUCCUUGCCCUCUGCCUCAUCGUGGUCAUCAUGAAGACCCUGCAGAAGAAAGGAACCCAGGAGGAAACCUCAAGGCCCAAGCUCUCACGGGGCAGCACAAUCCUGGAUUACAUCAAUGUGGUCCCCAAGACCAGGUUCCUGGCACAGAAUUGGCAAGCUGAACCAGACGCCCCUUCUGGGAGCUCGCCCCUGGACACUCACUCCCCCAAACCAAAGAAGAAGCAGAGGGACCCACAUUUUACAUCCCCUGGUUGCCCGGACCCCAAAUCAUCCUCCCAGGCCCCAGUCUCUGAAAAUAACCCAGAAGAACUCCAUUAUGCUGCUAUCAACUUCUCCCGCUUCAGACUGCGGGAGAUCCAGAAUCCCCAAGACACCUAUUCUGAUUACGCAGAAGUCAGAGUCCAUUGAGGAGGUCCUGGGCUUUUGGACUGAGACCUAAAUGGUAGAGAAGUAAAGAGGGCCUCCAAAAGAAAGCAAAUUCUCUCCUUAAAAUUGAUCCUGGGGGUGGGGUAGGGUGUUAAAUGUGCUUGCCAGCAAGCUUGAUGAACUCUUAGAUUGAUCCCCAGGAACCGCAUAGUGGAAGGGACCUCCCACAAACUGUCCUUUGACUCCCCACAUGUGCAUUGUGCGCGCGCGCACACACACACACACACACACACACACACACACACACACGUAAGUUAAUAAACAGGUGUACAAAACAAUUUUUUAAAGAUGGCGGUUCCUGUUUGGGUAUGCUCUAAGUACAUCUCUCAAAGGCUUAAGUGGGGGAAGUGUAGCCCUCUCAGUGGCGGGGAGGAGGGGGGAGAGGUGAUGUGUGCUCUUUUGUGGUGGGACAUGGUAGAAGAUGUUAGGUCUUUGGUCAUUGUCCAACCCGUGGAAGGAGUCAUUGCUGGUUUCACAGAGUGGACCAGUCCCCAAGCGAAAAGAUUACAAGUUUGGUUGGCAAGCUC